AUUCAUAUACAAUACUACUUCUCCUUCUUUCCUGUUCAAUCUCUCCUUUUCAUACGAUACGGGUAUCAAUUAUCCAUCAAAUGGUGCUCUCGUUGAGAGGUUUGAACACAAUCAAGUGAGAAAACCUCCCAAAAACAACCAAAAGAUCCAUCCAAAAUCAAGAAAAACAAUCUGAAAAUCCAAAAAAAAAUUAGGUGUUCUGGGAUUUCCCAGAACUGGCGGAAGCAACCUCCACCAAGCCUCACCGCGCCUCUGUCUCAGGGUGGGUCGCCCCGCUUCUGGGCUAGCACCGUCGCCACCGGCCAGCCGCCACCGUCCAGCCACCACGAGCCACUUGUUGUAGUUUCAGAUAGGAUCUGCAACUUCUAGAUCUGGACUUUUUUCUGCCUGAACUGUCUUCUCCGUCCAGGCCUACGACGUGCUUUGCCGUCGCUGGUCGCAGCACCGCCACCAAUCCCUGGCUGAAGUCCCUGGCCGCACAGGCCCCACGCAGAAGGUGUUGAGCUGAGAACGGCGGUGCUGCCUUUCCUUCGAAUCAGUCCCGAAAGCAGCCGGCCUGAGGCGCAGCGCGACCGGUUGUUGUUCGUCGGCAGUGGUCAAAUGGAAACUAGUGCCACUUUCACGCUACUCGCCUCCCGCCACGGUCCGGCCGAAUAUAGCUCAAGCUGCAACAAACGAGAGGGCCCCACCGGAGAUGGCCAUGACCGACGCGACCAUGCCUAUUCUUCAGCGGCAACAAUGGCCAUGGAGAAGCGGGAGACAGCCACGAACGAGUUUGAAUUUUCAGCGACAGAGACGACAUACUAUAGUCAGGUCCUUGUCGAUGCAGCCCAAAUCCAAAAGCCCCCACUCUCAGACGGUGGUUCCCGGCGAGUUAUCCCGCGACCGGCAGAUCUGGCUAUCUCCGUACGCGGCACUUUGGUUAAAUUUUUUCAAAGGCAACACAAGAAGGAAGGCCGUCAAUUGCUAAUGGCAGAAUCAAUAGGAUAUUGGGUCAGACCCCACUCUCAAACGUACUGCUUGCUUUGGGGAGGGUUUGUUUCAUCUGCCUCUUCAAAAGAUGCUCUUUGUUUGGUUGAGAGCCAACCACAUACGAAGGAUCCAAAUUAAUGGAGAACCUCGCAUUAUUUGGGAAGUCAAUUGUUGCAAAUUAAUAUGGGUCGGGCAACACUAAUCAAUAACAUGAUUUUUCACAAAUUAGAAUGAGCCCAAGGGGAUUGCUGGAUGCUAUCCAUUUUUGUGAAGCCCACCAAAAUAUUUCAGCCCAUCAAAAGAUAAGUGCUCUUUUAAUUUUCAUGUUAUUUAUAUUUAUAUAAAUCAUCUUUUUGUCGGGUGAAUGUCACACUAUCGCACAAUUAUGAUCAAAUGCCUAGUAGACUGUGACUUGAGACACAUCACUAGGAUUUAAAGCCCUGACCAAGUCAGGCACAAAGCCCCGACCAAGUCGGGCAUGAAGACCGGUCUUAGUCAUUCCAAGAAUGGCGACCGUUGCGUACGAAUGGCUCACACAUCCACUCUACUAAGUUUUUUUAUCAUUACAUUGGCAAUUCACAUUUCCACUUUUUCAAGUGACGAACUCUCGAUCGGAAACAUAAACCCCAAGAAAAAAAUUUAUAUGCAUGUUAAAUGUGUAGGUACGAAGAUGACUUUACUCAUUUUCGCCUCGUCUCCACUCGCCUCAAAGAGUGGGGACAGGGGGACUGAGGGGUCAGAGGGGUCAGAGUUUCUAGAUGAGCAGAAAAUAUCACACAUGAGCAGGAACGAAAGCUGAGUCAGAUGAAGAGGAGCUGAGCUAGACAAAACUGAUUAUGUCGGAGGGAGCUUACCUUCCUUGUUUCAUGUUGGGGGGCGCUAGGUGUACUCUUUUUCCCUUUAUUAGGAUUUUUUCCCACUGGGUUUUUUCCUAUUAAAGGUUUUUAACGAGGCACCUCCCCAUCAUGGACAAGGGUGGUGGUCCCCGGCCGGAGAGGAAGGAAUCAAAGACAGAAGAACAUUGCAGAUACAGUUUGGACUACUCCCUUUCGCCUCGAGUACUCUCGACUCAGGGAGUGGGGGACUCCUGAUGGAAUAUAUGGACUCCGACCCCCCGGUCUGCCGACUACUGGGCCUGGACAGCGGCCCACACACGUUUAGCGGAUAUCAUUCAUAUUAUUGUACAUUAUUAUUAUUAUUAUUAUUAUUAUUCAGAUGUUCUAGAUUAGUUUUUUGUACUAUCAGUCCAUUUAUGUAACCGGGUCUGUCAGGCCCAUAUUAGAGGCCCAAACCAGGAUUUUCCCUAUAUACACUCCUUUAGGAGGCUACACAACAAAAAUAUACAAUCAAUAUUCAUAUACAAUACUACUUCUU